UUAAAUUUUAUAUUUUGUCAUUUUUUUUUGAAACGAAAUUCAUUUAAGCUUUAACACACAAACAAACUGAAUACAUAGACGAAAUUAUCAUUAUCCAUAAAUCAUGUAUGUGACAAUGCAAAAUGUUAUGAAUUCGGCAUUAUCGUCGAUAACAUCAACGACAACAAUCGAUCCGAUUGAAUCAUUAUCAGCAAUGGAUCAACAUGCUACUCUUUGGAUAUUAAUAGUAUCAUUUAUAUUGGCAUUUUUUCUUGCAUUCGGUAUCGGUGCUAAUGAUGUUGCAAAUUCAUUUGGUACAUCAGUUGGUUCAAAAGUUUUAACACAAAAACAAGCUUGUAUAUUGGCCACAAUAUUUGAAAUAAGCGGUGCUUUAUUAUUGGGCUAUAAAGUAUCAUCAACCAUACGUGUCGGUAUGAUCUACGUUGACAUGUAUGAUGAUACAAAAAUAUUAAUGGCCGGUUAUUUAGCUGCUUUAUUUGGUUCAGCUUUAUGGAAUUUGGUUGCAACAUUGUUUGGUUUACCUGUUUCCGGUACACAUAGUAUUGUUGGUUCAAUGAUUGGUUUUUCAAUUGUUGGCCAAGGUUUUGCAUCGGUUCGUUGGCAAGAAUUAAUUCGUAUAGUUGCAUCAUGGUUCAUCAGUCCAAUAAUGUCCGGAUUAAUAUCAAUGUCAUUAUAUUUAUUUAUACGUUGGUAUAUUAUUAAUCGUGAAGAACCAUUAAAAAAUGGUCUAAAAAUGUUACCAGUGUUUUAUGGUUUUACAAUAUUUAUUAAUAUUUUUUCAAUUGUUCAUAAUGGUCCAUUGUUUUUAAAAUAUAUUACCUGGUGGAUUGCCUUAAUAAUGGCAUGUGUUGUUGGUACUGUUGUUGGCCUUUUAGUUCGAAUAUGGAUUGUACCACGUUUACGUAAUAAAAUUCUAGAGAUUAAAGCUAAUCUUACACAUACGGCUAUUCAAAUAACACAUUUAGAUCAUCAUCAUCAUCAUAAUCAUCAAAAAAAUAAAGAAAAUCCUGUUGAUCUAUUGAAAUUAACGCCAAUUGUUUGUAAUAAUAUCGAUAAUGGUGAUAAUAUUUGUUCAACUAAUAUUGCUAUAAUCAAUAAUAGUAAUAAUAAUAAUAAUAAUAAUAAUUCGAAUCGUAAACAAUCAACAAUGGAUAUUGAAAUGUCGAAUGAAAAAAAUAAAGAUUUACAAUUGAUUGAUGUGGAUGAUGAUAAACCUGAAGUGGCAAAAAUUUUUACCUUUUUACAUAUUUUAACUGCUUGUUUUAGUUCAUUUGCACAUGGUGCUAAUGAUACCAGUAAUGCAAUCGGUCCAUUAGUUGCUGUAAUGAUGUUAUAUCAAACCGGUACACAAACCGAUGAAAGUCCAUGGUAUUUAUUAUUGUUCGGUGGUGUUGGUAUGUCUGUUGGUCUUUGGGUUUGGGGACGUCGUGUUAUACAAACAAUGGGUAAAGAUCUGACAAAAAUUACACCAAGCACUGGAUUUGUUGCUGAAAUUGGUGCAGCAAGUACUGUAUUGUUAGCAUCGAAAAUUGGUCUACCGGUUUCAACAACACAUUGUCAAGUUGGUUCAGUUGUUUUUGUUGGUAAAGCAAUGAAUAGCCAAAAAGGUGUUAAUUGGAAAUUAUUCAUUAAUAUUGCAAUAUCAUGGGCAUUAACCGUUCCAUUAAGUGCAUUAUUUUCGGCAGCCGCAAUGUGGUUAUUAAAAUUUGUAGUAUAAAAAUCAUCAAUCAAGAAGAUCAAAUUUUCAUUCAAUCAAUCAAUCAUUCGACGCAUCCUAUAUUAUAUUUUACAUCUGUUUUUUUCCUUUUUUUUUGGUUAUUUUAUACAAAACACACCACACACACCCCCAUCAUCAUCAUCAAAAUAUAAAUUAAAAUUAUGUGCAUUUUUUU